AUGCCAAUAUCUCAUCAUGAAGGUUGUGGAUGUAGGGAAGCUGAUGAAGUUUUAAAAGGGGGAGAAUUUUUAUUAAAAUAUAUAGAUAUAGAAAAGGUUACUUGUUUAAAUGAACAGAUACAUGGAUCAUGUAAAAAAAUUUUAAAACCAUAUGAAGAUAGAUUAUCUUCACCAUAUUGUGAAAGUGAUGCGGAUCACGAGUUGAUAAUAAAUAUUCCCUUUACUAACCCCUGCAAGAUCUCAAGUUUAUUUUUAAUUGGUGGUGAAGAAGGAACAUACCCAAGAAAAAUGAAAAUAUUUUCCAACAGAGAAGAUAUAGAUUUUGAAAAUAUUAACGAUUUUAAGUGCAUUCAAGAAAUAGAUUUGGCCGAAGAUUUUCAUGGGGCAGUUGAAUAUCCCUUAAAAGUAACAUCAUUAUUCAAUGUAAGCUAUUUGACCCUUUACUUUUGCGAAAAUUAUGGAGCAGAGACAACAAAAAUAUUUUACAUAGGACUUAAAGGUGUAGGCACUAAUUACACAAGAAAGGCAGUUGCAACGGUAUAUGAAGCUUCUCCAAAUUUAAAAGACCAUAAGAUUAAGGGUGCCGAUGAUGCAUUAAAAUUUUCCUUUGAUGCAUUUUAA